GCGUUUAUCUACUGCUAGGAAGUGGGCAGAUCGAUGCAUACUGAAAAUAUUGGAAAGUAGUUUAUCUGUCAGAUUAUAUCGCCAUAAUGGCUGACCACGAAGCAAAGGCUCGAGAGCUUUUGGCAGAAGCUGAAAAGAAAGUCAAAUCAUCACAGAGUUUUCUAGGGUCAUUAUUUGGUGGCAGUUCAAAGCUGGAAGAUGCUGCCGAGUUAUAUGUCAGGGCAGCAAAUGCAUUCAAGAUGGCAAAACAAUGGGCAGCUGCAGGAAGCGCUUUCUGUCAGGCAGCCCAAAUACAACUCUGUAAGAUUGGGAGCAAACACGAAGCUGCCAGUAACUAUGUAGAUGCAGGCAACUGCUAUAAGAAAGCUGAUGCCAAUGAGGCUGUUAACUGUUUAAUGAAGGCCAUUGAAAUCUACUCAGACAUGGGAAGAUUUACCAUAGCUGCUAAGCAUCAUGUGACAAUAGCAGAAGUGUAUGAAUCGGAGCUGCUGGACUUGGAGAGUGCCACAAGAAACUAUGAACAAGCAGCUGAUUACUACAAGGGUGAAGAAUCCAAUAGUGCUGCUAACAAGUGUCUAUUGAAAGUAGCCAUGUAUGCUGCACAGCAAGAACAAUAUGAAAAGGCAAUCUGCAUAUAUGAACAGCUGGGAUCAUCUUCAUUGAGCAACCCCUUAUUGAAACAUGCUGUGACUGAGUAUUUUAUGAAGGCGCUGGUUUGCCAUAUGUGCGUGGAUCUCUUGAAUGCACAGCAGGCCUGUGGUAGAUUUGAGGAAAUGUCACCUGCUUUUGCUGAUUCAAGAGAAUGUAAAUUAAUGAAGACUCUGAUGGCAGCGAUUGAAGAACAGAAUGUGGAUGCUUUCACAGAUGCUGUCAAAGAUUAUGAUAGCAUAUCUCGUCUUGAUCAGUGGCUAACAACUAUGCUAUUACGAGUCAAAAAGACAAUCAGCGGAGAGCCUGAUCUACGAUAAAGAAGAUAUCUGUUGAUAGUUUGGAACUGUCUGGAAUAUUUUUAAGUACAAAUAACACAUGUAGUGAAAGGGAUUAUAACUAGUUAGCAAAUGUCUCCGUUUGUAUCAUCAGGCUGUUGAAUAGUUGGACCUUUAACUUCACAACAACAAUUGAUGGGGCAAAUUUUCUUCUGUGUAUGAAACUGACGUGAAAAUAUGUCAGAUUAUUUUGUAAGAUAUGUGAUGUAUAAAGUUAAGCACAUUGGCUCUUUGUUUUCAAUGUAACUUAAUAUGUAAAUUUUUAAUUUGAUAAAUCAGGUGAAUGUUGUUUAUUGAGCACCAAAUAAAGGCUCCCAAAUUUGUACAUUUUGCAUAUGGAGCAGUAAUAUUUCAUUUGGUUGCUUCUUUUGAACAUUUUUGAGCAAUUAGAUACUUUUAAAGUUUAAACGAGAUACAAGUAAAAUACAUACAAAUGUUUGCCCACAUUUAGCUUUAUAAAAAAAAGGAAAUUUGACUAGUCUUUCAUUUUGCAUAAUUUCAUAAAUUAUGUUUUAAAUUAAUAAUCUCAGAACAAUCACUUAAGCAAUAUCAUUGUCUGGGUAAAAUUUCACUUUGAUGGCAUCACUAUUUUAGCCCAAGAAAUUACUGACAUCAAGUACUGAAAAAAAAAAAAAAAAAAAAAAAACGGAAUGUCGGUACUUUUUUCAAGUGAAUUAAAUUAAAAUUUUAAUACAGUAUGUAAGCACAUCAUAAAUAAUACAACUUCAGUUAUAACUGAUAGUCAGUCAAAUGUUUUGUCAGUUUCUGGGUCUUGGGGGGAAUACAUUGUUUUGACAUAAAAACAGUCCUAGAGCAUGCAGAUCUGUCAUUUCUCAGAUUUUCUCAGGUCACAAAAUGAAGGGAAAGAGGUCAUUUCCCACUGCCUGUUGCAAAGUUAAGCCCAAUUUUUUUUCUCUGGAGAUUAUAUCAAUUGAAAUUAGCUUUCCUAGAAAUGUACAUUGAUGUCAUUUGUCAGUAAGUUGGUGAAUGUAGAUUUGUUUGAACUUGAUACUGAUCACAUUUGCUUGCAGGUAUGUUCACCACUCAUUUGAAUACAUGUGCCUUUCUUUUCUUUGAAAUGUCAUUCAGAUAAACUAAUGUCUAGAAAUGUGUAUUGAUGUCUUUUGUCAGUAAAUGUAAGUAUGCUGGGACAAUGCUGGUCUCUUAUCCCUGCCAACUGCUACAUGUACAUGUAUUAAUGUUUUCAUCAUUACAUUAGGCAUACAUGUUUAUCAAUAUUUAAUUGAAAAACAUUGAAAUCAUAUUGGUUGUUUUGUAGCCAAAAGAUUAAAACGCGUCAAAGUGUACCAUUAUAUUAACUAUUAAUACUAUAUGUAGAUCUGUAUUUAAUUAAUUGCUGUACAUAAACAUCCCCGUGUUCAAUUAAAGCGGUCAUAGUGUACAGGCCAACAUAUUGCAAAAACAGUGUAAUCUUGUCUGUAUAGUAAAUGUAACUAGUAUUAUAAUAAACGUAUACUAGUACACGAAA